AUGAAGUUUGCAGAACACUUAUCCGCGCACAUCACUCCAGAAUGGCGCAAACAAUACAUCAACUACGAGGAAAUGAAAGCAAUGCUGUAUACCGCUAAUGAAGAAGCACCGGCGCUGGACAGCGUAGAGGAAGAUGUUAGAAAACGACAUUUUGCAAACUUCGACGAAAACUUUUACCACUACUGCGAUCAGGAGCUGAAAAAAAUUAACACAUUUUAUUCGGAAAAGUUAGCGGAGGCGACACGUAAAUAUGCCGCCCUGAUCACCCAGCUACGGACUACGCUCGAGAGCCAGCAAAAAAGCAAGAGCAAAGGUCACAGUCAUAAACCAAUCAAUUUACCCUACCGGAAGGCACAGGAGUUAAAACUCGCGUUCAGCGAAUUCUAUCUCAGUCUCAUUCUGCUUCAGAACUAUCAAAACCUCAAUCAUACCGGCUUUCGCAAGAUAUUGAAAAAGCAUGACAAAAUAUUGGUUUCGGACAACGGCGCACGAUACCAGAAGGAGCAUGUCGAGAUGAGUCAUUUUUUCAUCAACAAGGACAUUGACAAACUGAUCAAUGACACAGAAACAACAGUAACGACCCAGCUCGAAGGUGGCGAUCGGCAACGGGCUAUGAAGCGUCUACGAGUACCACCUUUAGGCGAGCAACAAAGCCCAUGGACCACCUUCAAGGUGGGCCUGUUCAGCGGUAGCUUCGUUGUGCUGUUUGUCGCCGUGAUCUUAUCUGCCGUCUUUCAUGACAGCGCAACUGGCGAGAAUCUCAAGAUCGCUUUCCGACUGUACCGCGGUCCAUUACUGCUAAUUGAAUUCAUUUUUCUAAUCGGCGUUAAUAUCUAUGGGUGGCGUUCGUCCGGUGUAAACCAUGUGCUCAUCUUUGAGCUAGAUCCUCGCAACCAUCUAUCCGAGCAGCAUCUGAUGGAGAUGGCGGCUAUCUUCGGUGUGGUAUGGACGCUGAGUCUAUUGAGCUUCCUGUACAGCGCAAGUCUGAGCAUACCACCUUACGUCAAUCCACUCUUUAUGACCGUGAUCAUGAUCGCAUUCCUAGUCAAUCCAUUGCGCGUGUUCCGUUACGAGGCGCGUUUUUGGUUGCUGAAAACGAUCGGCCGCAUGGUGGCAGCUCCUUUCUUUCACGUAGGUUUUGCCGAUUUCUGGCUGGCUGAUCAGUUAAAUAGUCUCGUCACAGCUCUACUAGAUUUCCAAUUUCUUACGUGUUUUUACGCUACGAAUGGCAAUUGGUUAGAAGCAGGCAAUACUCGUCAAUGUAUGGAGGAAAGCUAUAUAAUCCGUCCAUUGGUGAAUUGUUUGCCGGCAUGGUUUAGAUUUGCCCAGUGUCUGCGCCGUUAUCGAGAUUCCAGAGAGGCUUUUCCACAUUUGGUGAAUGCUGGCAAAUAUGCUACAACUUUCUGCGUAGUCAUUUUUUCCACAUUACGGUCCGCUAAUGCUUAUAAAUAUGAGGACUCUUCGGAUAACGUUUUCCUUUGGUUAUGGCUGUUUAGCUCCGUUGUAUCGUCCUGCUACGCAUAUACUUGGGACAUCAAGAUGGAUUGGGGAUUGUUUGAUAAGAACGCCGGAGAGAAUACUUUCCUUCGCGAAGAGAUUGUUUAUUCCAUGCCAUUUUUCUAUUAUUUUGCGAUCAUAGAAGAUCUGGUACUGCGGUUCGUUUGGAUUGUAUCAUAUGCACUGACGGAAAAUAAGCUUGUCAGCGGUGAUCUAAUGACAUCGAUCCUGGCACCACUUGAAGUGUUUCGUCGUUUCGUAUGGAAUUUCUUCCGUCUUGAAAACGAACAUUUGAAUAAUUGUGGUAAGUUCCGUGCUGUACGGGACAUCUCCAUUGCUCCAAUAGAUUCUAACGACCAAGUAAUCAUACUCAAAAUGAUGGACGAAGAGGAUGGUGUGAUUAAUCGGUAUACUAAGCAUAAUCGACCAAAGCCAAAAAAGACGAAAGACGAUCGCCGACCCUUGUUACCAGCAUUUAAGGGAACGCAUGAAGCCACGCCUCCCGAUGCGACGAGCACCAAACACGUUUGA